AUGUUGCUUCUGAGACAGAGCUCAGCUGCUGUUCUUGUCGCUGGGAAUCCAAGUCCGGUCCUCCACACUUCUCGCCUCACUUACAGAGUUGGAUCUCUUCCAGUUAGCAAAGCGUACUCCUCCCAGAGUUUCACCAUGGCUAAUUUGCAGAAUCGUCUUACUUCUUCUUCUGGGAAACUAAAUCCGGUUUUAGCCUCCAGCUCUCACGAGGCUUCUCCUAUCAGUGAGGAGAAGGAGAAUAAACAUGUCCAUGGAGUUUCUGAGAUAAUUGUGGGAGUGUUAGGGGGUGGACAAUUGGGUCGUAUGCUUUGCCAAGCUGCUUCUCAAAUGGCUAUCAAGGUGAUGAUUUUAGAUCCUUCGGAGAAUUGUUCAGCAAGUUCGUUAUCUUACGGCCACAUGGUUGAUAGCUUUGACGACAGCGCUACAGUGGAAGAAUUUGCAAAAAGAUGUGGAGUCUUGACAGUGGAAAUUGAACAUGUUGACGUGGAAACAUUAGAGAGGCUUGAGAAACAAGGAGUAGAUUGCCAACCCAAAGCCUCUACUAUCAGGAUCAUACAGGAUAAAUACAUGCAAAAAGUUCAUUUCUCUCACCAUGGCAUCCCACUUCCAGAGUUUAUGGAGAUAAGCGAUAUUGAAGGAGCAAAAACAGCUGGUGAACUUUUCGGCUACCCUCUUAUGAUCAAGAGCAAGAGAUUGGCUUAUGAUGGUCGCGGAAAUGCAGUUGCCAACAGCCAAGAUGGGCUGUCUUCUGCUGUAACGGCUCUUGGAGGCUUCAGUCGUGGUCUGUAUGUUGAGAAAUGGGCACCCUUUGUCAAGGAGUUGGCUGUUAUUGUGGCUAGGGGAAGAGAUGGUUCCAUGGUUUGUUAUCCCGUUGUUGAAACUGUUCACAGGGAUAACAUAUGCCAUAUAGUUAAAGCACCUGCAGAUGUGCCUUGGAAGAUUAACAAACUUGCCACUGAUGUUGCUCAAAAGGCUGUUGGCUCUUUACAAGGCGCUGGGGUUUUUGCAGUCGAGCUGUUCUUGACAGAGGAUGGUCAGAUCCUGCUAAACGAAGUUGCACCUAGACCACACAACAGUGGCCAUCAAACGAUCGAGGCAUGUUAUACUUCACAGUUUGAACAACACUUGCGGGCUGUGGUCGGUCUUCCACUCGGUGAUCCGUCCAUGAGAACCCCUGCGUCCAUUAUGUACAAUAUCCUUGGCGAAGAUGAUGGAGAAGCUGGUUUCAGAUUGGCUCAUCGGCUUAUUGCGAGAGCUCUGAGUGUUCCAGGUGCAUCUGUGCAUUGGUAUGACAAGCCAGAAAUGAGAAAACAGCGGAAGAUGGGCCACAUCACUCUUGUUGGGCAGUCUAUGGGUGUUUUGGAACGAAGGUUGCAUUGUAUAUUAAGUGAAGAAAGCCAUCAAGUACAUGAGACACCUCGUGUUGGUAUCAUCAUGGGUUCAGAUUCGGAUCUUCCUGUUAUGAAAGAUGCUGCAAAAAUUCUUGACAUGUUUGGUGUUACACAUGAGGUAAGGAUAGUUUCAGCUCAUCGCACACCAGAGAUGAUGUUUUCAUAUGCAACCUCAGCUCAUAGUCGAGGCGUCCAAGUGAUAAUUGCUGGUGCUGGUGGUGCUGCUCACUUACCAGGUAUGGUUGCUUCACUCACUCCUUUGCCUGUGAUUGGUGUUCCUGUACGUGCUACACGUUUGGAUGGAGUUGAUUCACUUCUCUCCAUCGUUCAGAUGCCAAGGGGUGUUCCUGUGGCCACAGUUGCUAUAAACAACUCGACCAACGCAGCCUUGCUUGCUAUCCGGAUGCUGGGGAUCUCUGAUGCUGAACUCGUCUCAAGGAUGAGUCAGUACCAGAAAGACAUGAGAGAAGAGAAUAUGGUUAAAGGAGAGAAACUUGAGAGACAAGGUUGGGAAUCGUAUUUAAACCAGUGA